AUUUAUCAAACAAACAGAAACGCUAAACCCACACCCAAACCCCCCUGUAAACGACGAUAGGGUUUUCUUUCCCAGACUCCGGAAGCAAUGGCGUCUGCUCUCAAUCUCAUCACGCUUCCACAGCCUUUAACUUCUUCUUUCCCUCACUGGAGAACGCUAGGUGGGCGUAAGAGUUCCUUGAGAGUCGCUGCAAUUGCGAAGAAAUUUGAGCCUACAAAGGUUGUUCCGCAAGCUGAUAGGGUCCUCAUUCGUCUGGAGGACCUACCCGAGAAAUCAGCUGGUGGAAUAUUGCUACCCAAAUCAGCUGUUAAAUUUGAACGCUACCUUAUGGGGGAGAUUCUAUCUGUCGGUGCUGAGGUGGGGGAAGUUGAGGCUGGGAAGAAGGUUCUUUUCUCUGACAUAAAUGCUUAUGAGGUGGAUUUGGGGACGGAGACCAAACAUUGCUUCUGUAAGGCUGGUGAUCUACUGGCUGUGGUUGAGUAAAGGUUCCAAGUCUCUGGAGAUUAUCCAGCAGAUGUGAUUGUUUGUGAACCAGUCUAGUUUGCCAACUUGGUUGGAAGUGAUAUUGCUUCCAAGGUUCGUACUCAUUUAUUUGUGCAACAGUUAAAAUUUUGAUGAUCACCGACGUUUUUCUGAUGGCAUAAAUUGUUCUUUUUA